CUGACGUAGGCUAACCAAACUACUUAAACAGUCCGCAGAGGCACGAGCCGCAGCAGAACCUCCUCGAGCUCUCUGAGUGGACUCCUCACGCGCUGAACAGGUGUGUGCGUGUGUGUAUGAGAGAGUGUGCGCGUGUGUUUUCUCUUCUUUGAACCCAGCUCGCGGUAGAUCACUUAACGGAGAACCGGAGACAACGAGAGACAAGGAGAGAUAGACAAGCGCUGAUUGGCUGAUCCGUGACAGGUCUGCCUCCGCGUGCCACACAGGGAGCCGCGUGCGCAUAUAUUGGGUUCACAGGCUCGCGCUUCCUAACAGUUUCCCACCCCCGAGGGCACCCACGGAAAAAACCGGCUUCUUUAUCACUUCUAAAAACACGGAGUUCAUGGCGGCCCCCGCACACAGCAGCUGCGUGUGGAUGCUGGUUCUGGGGGUGUGUGUGUCUCAGGUUGUGGGUUCGGACUGUGGGAAGGAGUGUGCACUGUGUGUGUACCGCCUGCUGGGACAACAGUCUGCCUUCUCCUCCCUGACAUGCUCACUUGAGUGUAAGGGUGGGUUGGACAGCCAGAAGCUCCGCCUGUGCCAGGACUUCCUGUUGGCGAAGGACGCCCACAUCGGUUUGGACGUCGACCCCCAUGAACAGCAAGAACAGGAAGCAGCUGGUGCCAUGGCAACCGACGUCGACGCUGCAACAUCGCCUGAACACCUGCUGGCCAAGAAGUACGGCGGCUUUAUGAAGCGCUAUGGUGGCUUCAUGUCCCGCCGCUCCCCCUCUCCAGAGGGGGCGCUAGAGGACCCUGAGAACCAGGACGAGGAAGAAAAUAUUCGCCUUGAGAUCCUAAAGUUCCUCAAUGCAGCGACGGAGCACGGCGGCGAGGGGGAGGGUCAGGGAGGCGAGGAGGUGAAGAGGUAUGGGGGCUUCAUGCGCCGGGCUGAAGAAGGGGCGGCGCACAGUGACCUGCUGGAGGCGGUGCUGGGUCGGGGGCUCAAGAAGCGCUAUGGAGGGUUCAUGAGGCGCGUAGGCCGGCCCGAGUGGCUGGUGGACAGCAGCAAGAGUGGAGGGGUGCUGAAACGGGCGUGGGAGAGCAGCAGUGAGCUACAGAAGAGGUAUGGGGGGUUCAUGGACUAGGACACCGCACUUACAGUAUGACCCUUCAAAUCCCAACGACUCAACUCCCCCUCCUCUCUCUUCAACCAAUCAUCUCGUAGUCUGGACUUGUUGCUGUUUGAAUCAACGUUAUGCUGACCAUAUGACAUCACGGCUUUGUAUAACACGCUGCAUCAUCGUCCAUCUGUUCAGUUAGUCCUGUGAUGAAGAAGAAGAUUAACAUGUACUGUUCAGAUGUGCACCAAUCACUUUGAAAGCUCUGUUUUUUUGGUUCUUGUGAUGAUGAUGAUGUUAUUUAUUAAAUGAAUCUGUUGAUCGA